GCUCACACCAUGACCCCGAUAACCUUGUGCCUGCGCACACACCUGCCCUCACCCCACCCCGAUCCGGGCUGUGGUAUCGGGGAGGGGGGCACAGGGCCAGGCAGAACGGAGGGACUUUGGCUCCAUCUCUGCAGAAGGGCGCUCUGUGAGUCAGCCCGCUCCCCUCCAGGCUUGCUCCUCCCCCACCCAGCUCCAGUUUCCAAUGCACGUACACCCCGUACACACCGUGUCUGGGACGCCGUACCGCCAGCCACAUGGCUCCCCUGUGCCCCAGCCCCUGGCUCCCCCCGCAGAUCUCAGCCCCUGCUCCAGGCCCCGCCGUGCAACUGCUGCUGCUCCUGCUGCUCCUGGUCCCUGCCCAUCCCCAGAGCCUCUCCCGGAUGCAGCGGACGCCCUCCCUGGGAGGAGAUUCCUCUGGGGAAGAUGAUCCCGGGGGCGAGGAGGACCUGCCCAGUGAGGAGGACGCACUAUCUGCAGAGGGGGACACAGCUGGAAUGAAGACUGAGCCAGAAGAGGACUCUCUGAAGGUGGAGGAUCUGCCCACUCCCGCUCCCAGCGACACGCACAGGCACAAAGGGGAUGACCACAGCCAUUGGCGCUAUGGAGGCGGCCCGCCCUGGCCCCAGGUGGCCCCCUCCUGCGCGGGCCGCUUCCAGUCGCCGGUGGACAUCCGCCCGGAGCACGCGGCCUUCUGCCCCGCCCUGCGGCCCCCGGUGCUGCUGGGCUUUGAGCUGCCGCCGCGCCCGGAGCUGCACCUUCGCCUCCGGAACAACGGCCACACCGUGCAGCUGACCCUGCCUCCGGGGCUGCAGAUGGCCCUGGGCCCCGGGCGGGAGUACCGGGCCCUGCAGCUGCACCUGCACUGGGGGGCUGCGGGCCGCCCCGGCUCGGAGCACACGGUUGGCGGCCACCGGUUCCCUGGUGAGAUCCACGUGGUGCACCUCAGCACUGCCUUUGCCACAGUGGACGAGGCCUUGGGGCGCCCAGGGGGCCUGGCCGUGCUGGCCGCCUUUCUGCAGGAAGGCCCGGAAGAGAACGGUGCCUACGAGCAGCUGCUGUCUCAUCUGGAAGAAAUUGCUGAGGAAGACUCAGAGGCUCAGGUGCCAGGACUGGACGUGUCUGCACUGCUGCCCUCGGAUCUCAGCCGCUACUUCCGAUACGAGGGGUCUCUGACCACGCCCCCCUGUGCCCAGGGCGUCAUCUGGACUGUUUUCAACCGGACAGUGAGGCUGAGUGCUAAGCAGCUCCACACCCUCUCGGACUCCCUGUGGGGGCCUGAGGACUCUCGGCUGCAGCUGAACUUCCGGGCCACGCAGCCUCUGAAUGGGCGGACGGUGGAGGCCUCCUUCCUUGUCGGAGCGGAGCGGCGGGCCGCCCAGGCUGUCCAGCCAGGUGCGGCUUCGAAUGGUGUACCAGCCACAGGUCUGUCCUCCUCCCAGGCGCCCGCUUUUGUCUGCACUGGUGCUCACAGCCCCGGCUCUAACGUCUCCCUUUCCUCUUCAGUCCACCUGAGCUCCUGCCUCGCUGCCGGUGACAUCCUGGCCCUGGUUUUUGGCAUUCUCUUUGCUGUGACCGGCAUUGCCUUCCUUGUGCUCCUUGUGCAAAUGAGCAGGCGGCAAAAACAUCCGAGUGGCACCAAAGGGAGCGCCAGCUACCACCCAGCAGAGGUCACCGAGACUGUGGCCUAGAGGCCUGGCGCUUGGAGAAUGUGUGGAGGAGCCAGCC